GAAUUGGUAUUAUUAAUUCGUAAUGGAAGAGGAAGAAAAGAAUCGGUUCUUAAUUAUCUACUGUUCUUGCCGAACUCCUCUUCUCCUACGUACGUACACUCCUCUCUCUUUGCUCUUUUUGGGGGAGUUGUUGAAACCCAAAAAAAUUAACAUAUACGAGGAGAUGGAUCAUAACCAAAAUUGCAUGUUGCUUAGUUGGAAAAGAAACAGCAAACUCUUCUCUCUACUCUCCCAACUCAACUUCUUUGCGUAUGAGAUGACGACAGAGAACAAUAAUCAGAGCAAGUAACAAAUAAAAUUGAGACGACGAACUUUCUUGAGGGAGAGGUAAUUAAGGACAAUAGAGAGGCAUGCUGAAUAUAUCAGAGACACUACUGACGCAAUCGACAUAUACUUCCUGAGUCUUGGAACAUCGUGGAAAAUGUAGCAUCCUAUACCUUUUUUUUUUAAUAAUUUUAUAUUUCGCAUGAUUUUUGCUUUUUGGUGUAUUUAUGAUGAAUUUUCGAGAGAUCGCUUUGUUUUUAUACGGUUCAAAAUAAAAAACGUUUGACUUUGAAGUUCUUAAGACAACUACUCCAUUUUACCUAAAACCCCGUUUUAUCAGUUCAGGCUGGGUUGUUCUUUACGAGUCAUGAAUCUCUUUCGUACUUUAUUGAUGUGGGAUUUGUCUAAUUUGUUAGAUUACUCAAAAUGGGAAAGGAAAAAAAAAACAAUAGGAAAUUGAACGUUAGGCAAACCCCAAUCUUAGGCACGGUUAUAUUACAUUCUCUCGAAACACAUAUUCCAAAUAUACUUGUAGCUAGUUGUAGUUCUUAUUACAAAAAUAAAUGUUUGUAGUAUAUGAAUAUAGGGUUAUAGGUAUAAUAUGCUCCUUUAUUAUGACGUUUUAUCAAACAUGCCCUUAUACUAUUUUUUACAUCAAACAUGCCCCUGUACUUUGUAAAAAUGAUCACACAUGUCUUUUUGUUUAAAUUUUCAACCAAAAACCAUUAACCAAGGUGGAACUUUGGUUUGGGAGGCAUAAAUGUCUAAAAUAUCCCUAAUAAUUUCACUUUAGAAUUUUUUUUUUGUUCUUUUGUAUAGCCAAAUAAUUCAAAUAAUUUCACUUUGAAGAGACCCAGAGAAAUAAAACGGGAGAAAAAAUUGACAUUUUCGCUCCCAUUUGCCGAUGUCAGGUCUUCUAAAUCUCAGUUCAACCAUGAUUGACGAUUUUAUCAAUGGAAAUCUUAACAGAAGGGCACGUUUGAUAAUUUUUCAAAAUACAUGGGCAAGUUUGGUGUACAAAAUAAUAGAGAGACAUGUUUGAUAAAACGUCAUAGUAGAGGGGCAUAUUAUACAUAUAGGCUAUAACCCAUGAAUAUAUAAACGGAAAACAAUAACGAUUGGCGCAGCAAAAUAGAGAAUUUUCAUUCAUCUUUGUUUAUAAGAGAACCCACACCAAUUUCUAUUACUAGUUCAUAAUUUAUGCUAUCCUAAUAAUCCUGUUAAUUUCAUUGUAUCACUAUUAAUGCAAUUCUCUUACAAUUGCAUAAGUGGUGUACCCAAAUAAUUUUAUUAGUCAAAGAAAAAAAAUGAAUGAGUGAAGAUAUAAAUAAUCUUUUUCAAAAACUUUAAUGUAUCAUGUUAAAUUUAUCAUUAACCCAAUACGUUUGAAACAAAUGCUCUAAGAAAACUACUAGAGUUUGACAUAGAAACAUGAUGCGCGCAUGAUAGGACUGAACUAAGAAUUUUAGAUAGGGGCCAAGCAUGGAGACGAAUUUUUUUCCCUCCGGUAAUUAUGCAGAUUCUGUUUUUUUUUUUUUUUUUUUUUACAGUUUACAGUUCACGUCUACUUAAAUUUUGGGCAUUGCUAUCCGUCGCCCUAAAAUUCAAUGACGGACAAUAGAAUUCCAACGCGGAAAACACGUCAACGAACUGAAUUCUUCUAACAGAAAAUGAAGGAAAACCAAUUCUCAUGAGACUAAUUAAUACCAUUAAACAAUAAUAACAGUUUGAUUAUAAGUUGCAGUUUCAAAAUGUUUAUAAAGUAGGAAAUUUAUAAUUGAAGAUCAUUUAUGAAUUGUGAUGGAGGCACAGAUCCAUCUGGGUAUUAUUUAUUUAUAUAUUAGUGUGAAAAUUUAAUUAGUAGGAUCAAAGUGAUAGCAGGGUCUCUUUAGGUCUAAUUAUUAGGAUUAGGGUGUUUUCCUAAUUUAAAUAUGUACUUUGCAACAGUAACUUCAUUAUUAUUACUUUAAUUAGUAUUAAGAUAUUUUUAAUCUUUCAACUUCCAGUGUCCUCUCUAGCUAGACUGCCCGACGGCCACUUCUUGUUCUUUCUUCCAAAUUCUUUUUUUUUUUCAAUUCUCUUCUUAUUUAUGUUCGUAAUCACAUCUUAUUAUGAUAAUUUCGACAGCAUGUGUUUGGUUAUUGAGUGUGGGGCUUGACUAGAAGCUAUAAAAAGUAAGCGGUUAAAGAAUUUGCUUUUCUGUUUAGAUGAUGAUUAGAUAAAAUCUGAAAGACAAUUUCCCAAAGGACAAAAAGAAGUGGUUGGUACAAAUUGUACAACACAAAAAAAUUUACACAAGCCACGUUAAUUUUCUCGAACUUUAAUUAUUUGUUAUGUGGUAUUUAUACGAAAAUGUCACAUUUGUAUAAGUAGCUGUAUUGUUGAUAUGUUAUUUACACUCAAUUUUAUUAUUAUACGCAUCCGCGCGCUUCUUAAACCGUACGUCUCUUUCCUGCUUGGUCAACGCGUGUGUGCAUGCGAUUUGUUAACAUGCAUAUGUUACGGUGUUAAUAUGUAGGGAUUUUACGUAUGGUUUUAAUGUAAUAGUGUGCUUAUAAGAGAUUCAUCGUAAGUUAUAAAAUAUUUAAAAUGUGUUGUUAAACAUGUUAGAUGGGAACAAAAGUUUUAAACACAUUUUAUUACAUAAUGUGGCAUUAUGGAGCUAGGUAUAUAUUAAAUGGAUUCUUGGUUAACUAUGUUGAAAAAAAAAACCAUGUUGAGUCUUGAUUAGUGUUAUUCAUAAUAGAGGUGAAAAAGCUCAAGAAGAAGAUGAUAGUUUGAUUUUUUUUUUUUUAAUGAAGAUAUAAUUGGAACAAAGAAAGACAAUAACAUGUUAUUUAGAAAAAUACCACCCGUCAUUGCUUUCGUAUUUUAUCAAAUAACAUAUAUUUGAAAGAUAGUAAUUAUUACCAAAUACAACAUUCCCAUUCUCGUACAAUUCCUUUUAUUAAUAUAUAAAGGGAUCAAAUGCGCUUGGGAGAUAGCUACGGAAGCUAAGGUAAGCUAAGGUAAGGUCAGUCCAGCCGAAGUCGUCCCAGUCCUCAGCCACCAAAUACACUUCAAUCCUUGGCCGCCGGCAAUACUUCCGGUAUAGACUAUUGCUUCGACCUAGAGCCCUACUUCGGUCACCUUCCGGCGAGUUCUCUGGUGUAUUGAGGAUUGCGAUUCUGCCGGCGAGUUCUCUGGUUCAGCACUUCAGCUCCUGCUACCCAGUUUCAGGUGAAGUUCCUUGAUGGGUUUUUUAUUAAUGGGCUGGGCUUUGGCCUGCUUGAUUUUGUAAUGAAUUACCCCACGUACUUAGUAGAGUACAGUAGUUAAGAUCAAAGUGUAGGCAAUUUUUUAAUAGUUAUUGGAUUACGAGUAUUAUUAACUAAUUUCCUUAGUAGGUAAUUUGAUCUCUCGUUUUUUUUUUUUUUCAUAGGUUCAUCGAAGCAGCGCUUACAGGCUUACUCAUUCCAGUCAACCUACUAAAGUAAAAUCCCAAAAGCGCCACCGUCACCGUCACAGAUCCAUCCAGCCUUUAAUUCUCCUUGGUAGAGUGCAGUAGUUAAGAUCAAGUGUAUGUCAUUUUUAUUAGUUAUGGGAUUAUGAGUAUUAUUAACUAAUUUCCUUAGUAGCUAAUUAACUUGAUCUCGAUUUUUUUUUUUUUGUCAUAGGUUCAUCGAGGCAACUUUCCCUUUCCGGAGCAGCGAUUCUUUGAGUCGGCGAAUAGAUCCAGUCAACCUAUUAAAAGUUAAUUAAGGUGGGUUGGCUAAAAGAGGCUAGUUAGUAUUUCAUCACUCGUUAUUCUAUAAAUGAAUUCCGUUUUGGAAGAGAGGAUUCCCUCCCACGAAGAACAAAUCCAUAGAAUGAACUGCUAAGUCUAAAAUACAAUUUUGUACGUGAAAAAAAGGUGCGUAACAUAAAAGUAAUUCCAACAUGCAUUACUAUAAUAAUAUAAUAAUACUAAAUAAAUUUUAACUAAGGGAAAAGAUAUGAUCUUGGUAAAAAAAUAAAUAUUAUUCUUACCAAGAAACAUUCCCCUCUAAAAAAUUCUGGAAACCUUAAGUGAAACGAAGACGUGAUUUAUGAUAAAAAGUAAAAUUUAGAGAGGUUUUGGCUUUUAUUUCCGGAAACAGGAAAGUCGAGGAGGCUAUCAAAGUUAUAAAACUGUCUAUACUUUGAGUGGGCUCUGUUUGUUUUGUCGGUAACUUUUAUUUUGGGCUCGGUCCGUGCAGCCCAGCUACUUGAGCCCAUGAGACUGUUUUAGAGUCUAGUCAAUUGAAUCCCGACACCCGCGAGCUCUGUCCACCUCUGAAUUAGAAUUUCGUCAUUCGAUUUUCCCUGUCAGCGUAUGAUUCAUUCAUGACCUCACCCAAAUCCCAGAUUUUUCGUCCAUGCCAUUUCAGAUACGGUUUGUAUUUUCUCUGAGCUUUUGGACUGGGUCAAGUGUUAACUGUUUAAGGAAAAAUACACAAGUGGCAGAAUUGAAAAUAUGCAACAGCUCAUAUGGUUUUUCCGUCAGUUAUUGGAUUACGAGUAUUAUUGACUAAUUUCCUUAGUAGGUAAUUUGAUCUCUCGAUUUUUUUUUUGGUCACAGGUUCAUCGAAGCACAGCAGCUUACUCAUUCCAGUCAGCCUACCAAAAGUUAAUUAAGGUGCGUUGGUUAAGAAGGGCUAGUUAGUAUUUUAUCGCUCGUUAUUUUAUAAAUGAUAAUUACGUUGUGCAAGAGAGGAUUCCCUAAUAAUAAGAGGAACAAAUCCAUACAAUGAGCUGGUAAGCCUAAAAUAAAAUGUUGUACGCGCGAAAAAAGGUUAGGUAGGAUAAAAGUAAUUCCAGCAUGUAGGUUACUUCCAUCCUUAACAUUCUGGUCUUUCAUGUGCUAACGAUUUCAAUAGUCCAUUGAAGAAAUAAAAUAUAACAUUCUGGUCUUUCAUGUGCUAACGAUUUCAAUAGUCCAUUGAAGAAAUAAAAUAAAAACUACUUCCUUGGCCCGACGCAGAUCGCAAGCCCAAGCCCAUUUAUAUAUAUUUUUUUUUUGAUAGAGUAGCUUUUAUAUAUAUAUAUAUAUAUAUAUAGUCUUUAAGACCAUCUCCAACAACCAAAUGUCAAAAUGCUAGAAUGCCAAAAUUAUUUGACAUUUUGGCACUCAAAAAGUGGUUUUUGCUCCAACAAGCAAAGUCAAAAUGCUAGAAUGUCAAAUCUUCUCAUUUUGUGAUAAUCUAGUUUAGUGUAGGUUUCAUCACUUUAAUUAGAUAGUUUAUUGAUUAUUUGUAUAUAGGUAGAAAUAAUUAAUUAAUACGAAUGUUUCGAUAUAUAUUUUUUUAAUUUUGACAUAAAAAAUUUUAUUGUUAAAUAUGAUGUUUAUAUAGAAAUCCGUGAAAAAGAAGUGUUAGGGGCUAAUAGAGCUGUUGGUAAUUAUUUGGGUGACUGAAAUAGAUUUUUUUCUUCUUCUUUUUCAAUUUCCAACGGUUAUAAAGGUGGAAAAGUGUGGGGCCAGCUCCCAACCCACAUUUAGCUUUCUUUCUCUUUCCAAUGGGUUUUUAGCUGAAAUUUUUGGCUUUUUAGCUUUUCCCAAUUGCCAUUGGAGGAAGUAUUUUAGGAUUUUUGGUUUUUAAGGUUAGUUGUUGGAGAUGGUCUAAUAUAAGCGGGUUGAGAAAAAAAGGCCUGCCACGUCGGUCACGAAGGCUUCCCCUCUCCGUGAUUUUUCGGCGUUUUGUAUUUUAUUUAUUUCAUAAUUUCUUCUGCGCUGGCCAUGAGCCCGUGACAAGGUGAGCGGACAGGCAGUUAAUCUCUGCUACGUAAAAUUGGAAUGCUUUGCUUUGGUGGGAUUAUAAUUAUAUACAUAUUAAUGAAUAAUUCCAAAAAGGGGAUUUAAAAUGUGCAUCUCUAAAUUUUUUAGCACAUGUGUGUAGCGAAAAGCUUCGGGUUUUAACUUUUAAGCCUUUUCUGUAGCUAGAACUUUUUUGUCUAUGUGUUACUGUGUUUUUUUAUAAGAAAUUUAGAUAUAUUAAUGAUAUAUAUAAAACCCAAAGGACUUUUAACAAUUUCUAAAUCUAACACGUAAGGCCCAGAAACUUUUACAAGAAAAUUUAUAAAUAAAAUGAAUAUACAAAACCCAAAGGAGCAGAACCCGUGGAUCAGCUGGGCCGAGUGGGCUGGCAAUUUCUGAACUAAUUAGUCGGCGAAAAUGCCUCAUCAGGCCCAGAUAAAAGAACAAAAGAAGGAAGCGAAAGAAGUGGAUCAGCUAGGAAUAAGGGUAUUAGAAGGAAUAGAGACUUCACUACUAGCUACUAAAACUAUUAAAUUUCAUAAAUAUAAUAUAUUCUAGUUCUCCACUAAUAAUCUUGACCAGUUUGGAUUUUUGACAUGCAGACUAGAAUAUUCCUCUUGACAUACACUCACUGCCUUUACUACAAACAGAUACAAAUAAAUCAAAAUCAGUAGGCAACCACUAAAAAAAAAAGAAAAAGACCGAAGAAACUAUUAUCGUACAAUGACUGACUUCAGAACUUAAACAUGAAUGAACAGACUCCUUGUUCUACAUUAGUAUUUCAGGUUGAAAAAAAAAACCCCCAUGAAAUCCGUAGAGUUCCAUGUUCAACUAAACAUCAACAAUAGCAAUUUUCAAAACAUUCUAAAAUCCGUUAUAGGCAUAACUGUUCAUAGAAAUGAUUAUAGCGUAUAGGCGACAGCUCUAUUUGUGAAUUUGUAGGUCAUGGGUUCGAAUCUUGCUGAUGAAAGAAUUUUAAUUUCUCCUCUUUAGUACUUUUUUUUCCUCCUAAUAGGUGCUACCUUUUGUUUUUAUUGUUAAUAUUUUCUUAGUUCCACUUCUCAUCAGCCCAUUUAUAUUAAUAUGUUAUUAUUUAUUAAACUUCAUUAUAUGCAGAUGGACAGAGAAACAGCUCUGACUUUCGUUUUUGCGGCCAUCAUCAGUACCAUAGUGGGAGUGGCAAAUGCUCUGGCUCCCAUUCCUGACGUGAAAAAAAUGUGGAGUAGUAACUCCACAAUCGGCGUCACUUCGUCACCCCCACAGAGGGUGAUCAACUUCCUAGUCCACCUCCUCUUCUUCUGGCACUCCCUCCCGUUCAUCACGAACAGUGAUGGAUUGUUGGUUUUAAUCAACGGGGUGGCAAUCCUCGUUGACACGGCGUAUAUAUACAUGUAUAUACGCUGUGCCAACCCCACCCGACGGGUGAUAAUGGCCGUCGCCAGUGGCUUGUCGGUCCUCCUCUUCACAAUUGUUGCCGCCGUAUCCCUUUUGGGAUUCAAAGGCCACCACCGAGAACCGGUGGUGAUGUGGUGCCUGUUUACGGCCCAGAUGGUCGCCUGUCUGUGGCCAAUUUACAGUGGGUACCUCGUCAUCACCACCCAAACCGUCAACCAUAUCUCGCUUUUCGAGAUAUCGAAUGGCGUUUUAGCGGAGCUCGCCUGGCUGUGCUACGGGAUUUACCGGCACAACACACUUUUCACCGUUCCACGCGCUGUAAUGUGUGUCCUACUAAUGCUCCAAGUGAUGAUCUACGAAUCGGUCGCAAAUCACGGUGUCAACAUUCCAAAUCCACAGGCUCUCCGUGAUAUGAUUGUAAGAGUGACGCCCGUCAACGAGGAUGUGUAGAUUUGUUAAGGAUGGAGCCUACGUGACAAUUUAAGGAAUUAAAAUUAAUAAAGUGUAAUAUUGUUACUUAAUAUUAUGUAUUUUAUAUGAAGGAAAACUUGACUAUUAAACUGAAUUUGUAGGGAAAGUGAGAACAGUCAUGUAUUAUAUAUAUAUAUAUGUAUAUGUAUAUAUUUACAACUGUCAUGUGUUAUCGUGUCGUCAACCUUAAAUUUGUUAAGGCAUAUAUUCAGCUUUUCUGGAUCUUGUUGUGAAAAAUGGAAAGGUAUAGUUUGAUAGAAUUGCAAGAAUAAUAAUAAAUAAAUUACCAAGUCAAAAUGGCCAACCACCUAACAUCACAACAACCAAAAUAAAAUCAGCCUUCACUACAACAAAAUAGAGGUUUAGCGACGGUUACCCGGGAUUUUAGGGACGGCCAAAACCGUCGCUAAAAUCUUUAACGACGCCCACCCACCUGUCGCUGACCCCACUGUCCUUAAAUUUGUUUGCGACGCUUUUGGUCGACCGUCGCGCUAACCGUUGUUAAAUGUAACGACGGUGAUUAGCGUCGCAAACUUUCAGCCAUCCGUCGUUAAAUAAGUAUGUGAGAAAUGAAUUAAAUUGUUUAGUGAUAUUUAUUGACCGUCGCUAAAUACUACCGACCGUCGCUAAAUACCACCUCUUAAAAAGAGCCGCUUGCUCUGCCCCAAACUGCAGUGAUUUUCCAUGAAUUAAGAAAUUUGACUAAUCACUUUCUAAACAGCAACUAAACAAUAUAAACGCUGGUCUGAUGA